CCGGUGACGAGCUCUAAUCGGAGAACGAUGAAGCAGCUUCACAAGCAAAUGAGCUCGAAGCGUGACGAAGAAACCAUUCCCAUGAGCCAAUCCAGUCCUUACUCUCCCAAAACUCUAAAGCAUCCCAGAUCUCUUCCCAGAUCGCUUCACUAUCUCUUCCGUGAACAACGACUCCUCUUUAUCCUCGUCGGGAUCUUGAUCGGAUCCACUUUCUUCAUCCUUCAGCCUUCUCUCUCUCGUUUAGGCGCCGCUGAGUCUACCUCGUUAAUCACCAGAUCUGUUUCCUACGCCGUCAGCGAUUCCCCGCCUUCCAUGAAGACUUUUAAUUCCGGCGGCGGAGGUAGAACCGGUCGUGUUCCCGUCGGCAUCGGACGGAAGAGACUGAGAAUCGUUGUCACCGGUGGAGCUGGUUUCGUCGGUAGCCAUCUUGUUGAUAAGCUUAUCGGUAGGGGAGAUGAAGUGAUCGUGAUUGAUAACUUCUUCACUGGUAGGAAGGAGAAUUUGGUUCAUCUGUUCUCGAAUCCUAGAUUUGAGCUUAUUCGACACGAUGUUGUUGAGCCAAUCCUCCUUGAGGUCGAUCACAUUUACCAUUUAGCUUGCCCAGCUUCACCUGUUCAUUACAAGUAUAAUCCAUUUUACAAGACAAAUGUAAUGGGCACUCUCAAUAUGUUGGGUCUUGCAAAGAGAGUUGGGGCAAGGUUUCUGCUCACCAGCACAAGUGAAGUCUAUGGAGAUCCCCUUGAGCAUCCACAGAAAGAGACUUACUGGGGAAACGUGAACCCAAUCGGUGAGAGGAGUUGCUAUGAUGAAGGAAAGCGUACUGCAGAAACCCUGGCCAUGGAUUAUCACAGAGGUGCAGGUGUAGAGGUCAGAAUAGCUCGUAUUUUCAACACAUAUGGACCCAGAAUGUGCCUUGAUGAUGGGCGUGUUGUUAGUAAUUUUGUUGCCCAGACCAUCCGCAAACACCCAAUGACUGUUUAUGGUGAUGGAAAACAAACUCGUAGCUUUCAAUAUGUAUCUGACUUGGUGGAGGGACUUGUAGCGUUAAUGGAAAACGAUCACGUAGGACCCUUCAACCUUGGUAACCCUGGAGAAUUCACAAUGCUUGAACUUGCAGAGGUGGUUAAGGAGGUGAUCGAUCCAAGCGCGACCAUAGAGUUCAAACCAAACACAGCGGACGAUCCUCACAAGAGGAAACCAGACAUAAGCAAAGCAAAGGAACUGUUGAACUGGGAACCAAAGAUCUCUCUGCGAGAAGGUCUGCCUCGCAUGGUUAGUGACUUCCGUAACCGAAUCUUAAACGAAGACGAAGCAUCGACCGCUACGGCUAACGACGAACGUACCGUCACCGCUCGAGCCAUCGACCGUCAUAACCCGAUUAUUAAAGAUGGUAGGAGAUCUUUCACUGCACCGUGUUCCUCCGGGGAUGACUACGUUGCUCCCUACCGUCAGCUUUCCAAAAUUACUAGAAUACCCUCCUCCUCCGGCGACGGGAAGAGUGUUCAGGUGGAUAAAGCAAGGAGGAGCAAUUCAGGGUCGUUGAUGAAGCUGAUUAGCAGUGACGUCAGCUUAGCUAGGAAGAGUUUUGGUUGUGUUGUUGCAACGCCCAAAACUCCUCCCGGUUCAACUAGGUAUCUUCUGGGAACCGACCCUGUUUCUUUAGCCGGGUCUACGGGUCAGGAUACGGUUGCAACGGUGGAGGGUGAAGCUUCUGGGCCAAAAAGAGGCUCUUCAGGUGCCGUAGAAGAGAAGAAGAAGUCUUCUGGUUCAGGUUCAGAUCAGGCAAGUAAAGUGGUAGUUCUUAGAGUGUCUCUUCACUGUCACUGCAGAGGCUGUCAAGGCAAAGUGAAGAAACAUCUAUCCAAAAUGCAAGGUGUGACAUCCUUCAAUAUAGAUUUUGCAUCAAAGAAUGUAACUGUGACUGGAGACAUCACUCCUUUGGAAGUAUUGGGUUGCCUCUCAAAGGUCAAAAAUGCCCAAUUCUGGACACCACCUCCAUCCAUAAUCCCAAGGGCAAAUCCGGAAACCUAAAAGAAUCACACUUUUGUGUAUUUGUAUUGUCUUCCUCUCAUUUGUUUGAAUCAGAUCAAUGGUAAAAUGUUGAGACUUUCCUACUUUUAU